CCUCCCUCUUUCCCUCACUGCCCUAGCGCCGAGCGGAGAGGAAGCGUCAGUCGGCUGGAGCGCGGACCGGUCUGCUUUUCGGUUUGGGGCUCGCUCGCUCCUGAGAGCCACGCAGCCUCAUCAGCGGUAGCAGAAGCGACGGAGAGCGCCAUCAGCGGGACCUCGCGGCGCCCAGCCCUCGCUGCGCGCGCCCCGCUCGCCCUCGGACUCGGCCUUACCCGCCGCCGGUGGAGGCGUGAGGCGACGACGGGCAAGCGCCCCGAGCAGCGUUAGCCUCGGCGGCCUCCGGUCCUCCCUCCGCCUCCUCCUCUGCCCCCCCUCGCUUCCCUCCUCCCACUUCCCGAGCCCCGGCGUGUCCAGGCCACGCUUGGUGCUGCUGCAGGAACAAAGAAGUACCCCGCGGCGGCGGUGGGAGCGCCACCCCCGCCUGAGGCUCCUACCUGCUUCCCGCCCGCGGCGGCGACUCCAGGGCGUCGGGCGAGCUCCUCCACAGGCCUCGGCUCGACUCGGCCCUACCGCGCCGGCGUCGCGCGCAAGCCCGACUCCUGCACUGCUGCCCACGCAGGCAGAAAAAUAUGGCUCAGGAGACUAACCAGACCCCAGGGCCCAUGCUGUGUAGUACAGGAUGUGGCUUCUAUGGAAAUCCUAGGACAAAUGGAAUGUGUUCUGUUUGCUACAAAGAACAUCUUCAGAGGCAGCAGAAUAGUGGCAGAAUGAGCCCAAUGGGGACAGCUAGUGGUUCCAACAGUCCUACCUCAGAUUCUGCAUCUGUACAAAGAGCAGACGCUACUAGUUUAAACAACUGUGAAGGUGCUGCUGGCAGCACAUCUGAAAAAUCAAGAAAUGUGCCUGUGGCUGCCUUGCCUGUCACUCAGCAAAUGACAGAAAUGAGCAUUUCAAGAGAGGACAAAAUAACUACCCCGAAAACAGAGGUGUCAGAGCCAGUUGUUACUCAGCCCAGUCCCUCCGUUUCUCAGCCCAGUACUUCUCAAAGUGAAGAAAAAGCUCCUGAGUUACCUAAACCAAAGAAGAACAGAUGUUUCAUGUGCAGAAAGAAAGUUGGCCUUACAGGGUUUGACUGCCGAUGUGGAAAUUUGUUUUGUGGACUUCACCGUUACUCUGACAAGCACAACUGUCCAUAUGAUUACAAAGCAGAAGCUGCAGCAAAAAUCAGAAAAGAGAAUCCAGUUGUUGUGGCUGAAAAAAUCCAGAGAAUAUAAAUUACUACUUGUGAAGAGACUGAAACUUUGUUUUUAUUUUAAUAUAUCGUAGGAAAACAUUAAAGAGCAGAUGCAUGGCCAUUUUCCUUUGAUGUUCUCCAGAGUUUUACUUUAUACUUGUCUGUCUUAUAAUUGAUAUUUUAGGAUGUUUGGGUGUUUGUUACAGGCAGAAUUGGAUAGAUACAGCCCUACAAAAUGUAUAUGCCCUCCCUUGAAUAAAAUUGGAUGAGAAUCUGCACAGCAAAUUGAGUUAUACAGAUAAUAGGGAAAAAAUUUAGUUCUGACGUGCCAAACAAAGUACAUGAAAUCUCUGCAUGUUUGCAGCAUAUCUGCCUUUUGGGAAUGUAAUCAAGGUAUAAUAUUUGGCUAGUGUUAUGUGCCUGUAUUUUUUUAAAAAAUGGUACACCAGAAAAGGACUGGCAGUCUACUUCUACCAUAGUUAAACUUCACCCUGUUAAUUUCCACAACAUGUUCUUUGGAAGCAGGAAGAAGGCUAUAAAGAGGAUCAGACCUUUCCGUGAAACCAGUAUUUGGUGCCAUAUAUAAGCCUGGCUAAUUGGUCUUCUAAAAGCUGUCAAAUAAGACAUUUUAUGAAAAGUAAACGUCGCAUCUGGUUAUCGUAAAAGUAAAACCAUCAAGCAACAGGGUCUUGAGCUGUCGUUGAAGCUUAUUGUGCUGGCCUGCACCAGAAGAUGUCUGCAUUACUCUCAUUGCUAAAAAUGUGUAGCACAGAACUGCACUAGGAUUAAUUUUGUUUACAAGAAGAAAUUAAAACUCUACGUUUGGUUUUCACAUACAGCAGCUCUAUUGAAUAACAUGCAUCUGAAUUUUAAGUUGCAAAGGUAUCUGAACCGUUAAUUUUUCAUGUGCAUCUUUUGAAUGUUUUGGUUCAGGAAAGAAUGUUUAAAGCUUUUUUUAAAAGACUUCAGUUCUUAAUGUAACUGUACCCUUCUGCAUGGAAAAAUCAUAAUCAACAUGGCUGCAGUAGACUUCUUAGUGGUAUCCAGCACCACUUGCAGAGGGCUGCUUUAUCAUAUUGUACUUGGGUGUAGGACUCUAGUGUUCUUGGGUGUAUUGCAUGGGCUGCAUUAUCUACAGCAUUGUACAAUAACAACUAGAAGAGGCAGUAUACUUCACUGAUGCUUGUCUGGUAAUAUCACUUCUGUGUUAUAAUGGAAGGUUUUCUGUGAUGUAUGAAACUUGUGUUUUUUAUAUAUAAAUGAGUAUAGUUAGAUUAGUGUUGUGGUAAUGCCUGUUUUCAUCUGUAAAUAGUUAAGUAUGUACACGAGGCACUACUUCUGAUUUAUUGCAGUGUUCAGUCCUAGUUUCUACUUUUAUUAAAGCAUUCACAGUUUUGCUUUCAAUUUUAUGUACCUUAGUUCUGAGUUAGAUCUGCAGAUGUGUACAGAUAGUUCAUAUUUAUGUAUUGCACAUAAUCAUGCUACCCAGCAUUGAUGCUAUAUUGUAUUAUGUAAAUAAUAAAAGCCAUGUACAGAGGGAAACUUCACUUGUUCAUUGGGUUUUUAAGCCAUAGUUAGAAAUCCUACAGGGGGAUAAUUAGAAAAUGCAUACAAAGAAAACUUUCUAGUUGCAUAUGUAGACUUUGCAUGGCAAUUUUGUAAAUUUUUUUUAAUUGCCAUCACUGAACAUGUGUUCAAGUGAGAACCAUGAGGUGAGUUUUGUGGAACAUCUUCGAGUAUGGUACAUACUAGGUAAUUUGUUUUUGAAUAAAUGAAUAGGCACUUUUAGGAUCAAAACAAUUGUAGCACUUAAGAGAAAAAUGAAAUUGAACAAUUAUGGCUUAUCUGCCUUUUCCUUUUUUUUCUUUGCUUUCUAGAUACUUGAGGCAUGAUAAUUUGUGUACAAGAACAGGCAUAGUUUUUGUGUGUGUGUGUUGUGUAGAGAUGGGUACAAGGGCUUGGUCUUUGCAGGUCCAUGUGGGUGGGAUAAAUAGCAGGACUAACAGUGAUGUUCUGACUGCCCAUGGGGUAGCUGAAGCCAAGAACAGACCCUAUGGCUUCUCAGUGAUCGAGUUUGAAAUAGAAGUAACUUACCCUGGUUCGCCAUCAUCUGUCACAGGUCUUUGGCUAUUGCUACCUUUGCUUCAAAUGGGGAAAAUAUGUAUGUAAAAGGCUCUAUGAUGAGAUAAGGACAGUAUCUCCUGAAAUAUGAAGGAAAUUGAAGAAUAUCCUCACAAUUGAUAAUUAUAGUUUUUGAGAAGGUAAACUUAAUUUUUAUUCAAGGUUUAAGAAUAAGACUUAUUUCCCCCUCUCAAGGUAUGCUACCUUUUUCAAUAAAAAUUUGCUUGAUAAAUUUUAAAUCAAGGUUUUGAAGUCAGCAGUGUGGGGGAUAAAGACAGAUGGGAAGGUGAUGGACCCUUGGACUUAAUUGUCUGUAAAGGUCUUUAACACGAGAUUGUAAUAUCUCCAUAAUCAUUUUUAUAAGAAAUAUUGAGAACAGAUUUGGAAAGGAUUUAAUUUGUCAGGAAUAUCAACUGGGGAAAAGGGAAGCUAGGAGGAUUCAGUUCUACCUAGACUUGCAUUCAAACCUGAAUGUCUCUGGCAAGAUUAAAAAUGGGCUUUAACUUUGGAGUGUGCAUUGAGGUACUAAGCAUUUUAAGAAUAUACCAUGUUUGUCCUUAUAGAGAUCUUUGCACACCCUCCAAAAAUAUUUUGCUAGGACACCGUGAUAUGAAUUCACUCUAUGACCUUGAUCUACUUUUAUCAAAUCUAUUCUGCAGUGGGCUUUAAUCUGUAAAAUGAGCUUCAGGUUUUAGGAUCUGAAGUGAGCUUCCCACAGUGUGAAUUAAUUUGCAAAGGAACUAUUGAGCAACGAGUGGCAUAGUAAAGAGGAUAAUGGACCCUGAAAACAGGCUUCUGUAAAAGGAUGUAACAGUGCCUGGCUCAUAGUAAGUAUCCCCGUUUGUUAGACUUUUUAGAGCAGUUUUAGAUCCACGCAAAAAUGAGAGGAAAGUACAGAGAUUUCCAUUAUGCCUUCCCCCCCCACACACACAAGAGAGCCUCCCUUACUAUCAACAUCCCUCACAAAAGGGAUACAUUUGUUAAAAUUGGUGAACCUACAUUGACAUCAUAAUCAGCCAAAAAGUCCAGUGUUUAUAGUUCAGUGUUGGUGGUGUACAUUCUAUAGGUUUGGACAAAUAUGACAUAUCCAUCAUUCACUGCCUUAAAAAUCUGCUCUGCCUAUGCCUACACCACGGCUUCCACCCUGACCACUGGCAACCACAGCUCUACUGUCCAUAAUUUUGUCUUUUCCAAAAUGUCAUACAGUUGGAAUCAGUAUGUAACCUUUUCAGGUUGGAGUCUUUUACUUAGUAAUAUUCACAAGUUUCUUCCAUGUCUUUUUAUGGCUUGAUAGCUCAUUUCUCAUUAGUGUUGAAUAACUCAUUGUCUGGAUGUGCUACUGUUUAAUCGUUCGCCUACUGAAGGAUACCUUGGUUGCUUCCAAGAUAUGGCAAUUAUGAAUAAAGUUACUAUAAACAGUG